UAUAAGGAAUCCAGUAUAAAAGAAGUGUCAACCCCUUGGGUGCUAUCAGUUAGUGCGCACCAUUCUUAACAUGAAGCUGCUGCUUUUGUUGUCGUUUAUCAUUCUGGCCUCCGAGAGUCUCGUCGCGGAAAGAACAGCCGACGGCAAUGAUGUAUCAUCACAAGUGACCACUGUUUUUCAAGCUCAACCGAGUGCUCAGGAAUUCAUAGGAGAAAAAAAAUUAGGAAAAAGAAGCUACGAUCUGCUUUCCUUGCCUUACACACGCACUUACACUCCCGUGUUACCGUGGUAUCGAUUGGGCGGAUUGAGUAGCUACGGAUUGUACGGCAAUGGUUGGUAUCCGUCGGGCUGGCCGUUGUCAUACGGUGGUUGGCACGGUGGUUGGUAUAAAGGAUGGUAAAUUUCGAGUCUUGAAGUAUGCGACUGUCGCUACGAAAGUACGCAUCGAUUUUUAGCACCUUUUUUAACAUUUGAUAAUUUACGAGUGUUACAAUUCGUGUUAUCGUAAUUCAUAAUAUUUGUUGAGUUAUUUGUGGAUACAUUAUAGAUAGAAAGUGUCAUGACAAGGCAUAUCGAUGUUUAUUUUAAAUUUAGAUUUUACAAUAGUUGUUAGUAGAUACUUUGAAACUUCAUAUUUAUGGUGCCAAUUAGUUGUAAUCAUGUGUCAAUUGUAAGACGAUACAGCACUCGAUCACUUACACAUAAAAAA